AUGACGGAGCUCGUGAACCCGAACCCCACCGUCUUUCGCGGCUCCCUUCACCAUCCCCCGCGGCGCUCUGCGGAGGAGUUGCUGCAGGAGCGGGACGACGCCCUUCGCGACCCCAUCGACUCCCUGGAGGUAUUCCAUCACAUUCGCAACAUACGUGACCCUGAGCAUCCCAACACCCUCGAGGAGCUGAAGGUCGUGGAGCCGGAACUUAUUGACGUGGACGAGGCGAGGCAGACGGUGCGGGUGCAGUUCACCCCCACCGUCCCGCACUGCAGCAUGACGACGCUGAUUGGCUUGUGCAUCCGUCUUAAGCUGCAGCGUUCACUGCCGCGUGGGACGAAGCUGGACGUGUGCGUCGCCCCCGGCUCGCACGAGCAGGAGGAGCAGGUGAACAAGCAACUGAAGGACAAGGAACGGGUGGCGGCGGCGCUGGAAAACAAGAAUCUUCUGAGCGUUGUGGAAUCGUGCCUGAACGAGUUUGAGUGA